AUGCUCGUUCUAUAUCUUAGCGUCUGGCUGAUUGCGCCGCGACAGAAGCCGUAUACUGUUGCUGCGCCGCUCCCGCCGCCUGGCCCUGCGGCUGCGCCCGUACCAUCCAUAAAGUUGGGCGUUCCCGCAUUUGUUCGCGCAUUAGGCAUGAGGCCGGGAAUAAGUACGGAAAGGGAUUUAGAGCGUCAAAUAGGCGCGGGAGAAGUCUGCGUCGGAGGACACUCCAAUAGCGGACGUUACUGGUCUUUCGCGAAUGGUCUCGACUUUAAGGCUGAUGGAUUCGAUAGGGCGGCAGGCAGAAGCUUGUUCUUGGAUAUACUUGUGUUCGAGGAUUGGAACGGGUCGCUUGGCGAUACGCCCGAACUGGCCAAAUAUGGGUUUGGCGUGUGGGGGAAACUGUGCGUUGGCAUGAACAAGGACGAAUGUUUGCGCCUCCUGCCAAGCGAUAUGCCGCCGCCUGUCAUCACGCAGGAUGAAAUCACAUGGACGCAACAGGGGCUGUCCCGGCGAAACGCGAAACCGGUCAUGUUCGAUUAUGAAGCUACGUUGCACUUUUCCGGCGAAAAACUGGAAUACCUCCGGCUAUGCUAUGAUGCUCUUACACCCUGA